AUGAGCGAAGAACAAAAUUUGAGACCGGUUUAUGAUGAUGAUCAACCUGGUGAAGAUACUUACAAGAGAGGCGCCAUCUACAAGCAGACCAGAUCACGGAAAGCUGACUAUGAGGAUGGUGAGAAUUCUGAAAAGCGUCAGAAACCAAACGACACUGAUAAUGGGCCAACCGCUGUUGUCACAGACCUUUCCAACGAAAAGAAAGAGACUCGAUCCAAGGAUAAGGACGAGUCAGUGGCUUUAGCUGUGGAUGCUGAUGGAAAUCCAAUUCCCCAAGAAGUUCGUCUACCCAAGAGGAAAGUAGCAGUCAUGAUUGGGUACUGCGGUACUGGAUAUCAUGGAAUGCAAUACAAUCCACCGAACGACACCAUUGAAAAGGAACUGUUUGAAGCCUUUGUUAGAGCUGGUGCGAUAUCCAAGGCAAAUUCGACAGAUUUGAAGAAAAACGGGUUUCAACGUGCGGCAAGAACCGAUAAAGGUGUUCAUGCAGGUGGGAAUGUGAUUUCAUUAAAGUUAAUCAUCGAAGAUCCCGAAGUCAAAGAAAAAAUCAACAACGAAUUGCCGGAUCAGAUUAGAGUUUGGGACAUUUCCCGUGUCAACAAGGCAUUCGACUGUCGGAAAAUGUGUAGCUCUAGAUGGUACGAGUAUCUGUUACCAACUUAUUCACUGAUUGGCCCAAAACCGUCUACUUAUUUAUACAACGAGAUUGAAGCUAGCAAGAAGGAAAUACCGAAUGUUAUCCAAGAUGAUGUAGAAAGUGCACAAUUCUGGGAAGCAUUCUCUACUGAGGCUGAAUCUAAGUUUACCAAGGAGGAAUUGGAAGAGAUUGCAGCUUUUGUCAUGCCGAAAGAUUCUUUUGAUGAAAACAAUGAAACUUAUCAAAAGAGCAAAGCAUUCAAGAAACUCGAAGCAGAACACAAGAGAGCCUACAGAAUUUCAAAAGAACGUUUAGAUAGAUUCAGAAGUGCAUUAAAACAAUACGAGGGUACUUUUAACUUCCAUAAUUUCACCUUGGGGAAAGAUUUCAACGAUCCGAGCGCCAAGAGAUUCAUGAAGCAAAUCACAGUCUCAGAACCGUUUGUUAUUGGUGAAGCUAAGACGGAAUGGGUAUCGAUCAAAAUCCACGGUCAAUCGUUUAUGUUACAUCAAAUUCGUAAGAUGAUAUCUAUGGCAACUUUGAUCACAAGAUGUUUCAGUCCAUUGGAAAGAAUUAGGCAGGCAUACGGUCAAGAAAAAAUCAAUAUUCCAAAAGCCCCUGCUUUAGGUUUAUUAUUGGAAGCCCCGGUUUAUGAUGGUUACAACACUAGAUUACAAGAAUUCGGAUAUGAUCCGAUUGACUUCAGUAAAUAUCAAAGCGAAAUGGAUACGUUCAAGAUGAAACAUAUCUACGAUAAAAUUUACCUUGAAGAAGUCAAUGAAAACGUCUUCAACGCCUUUUUUUCGUACAUCGACACCUUCAACCCUUCAUAUAAUAUUAGCCAAGAACAACAGCAGCUGAAGGGGCAAGAACUACAGCAACCCUCUCAAGCAGUGGAACUUGUUACCGAAGAUUUGGAACAAAAGGCUCCAUCAGAUCCUACUCCAUCCGACGAAAAGGGCAAAAAACCACAAAGGCCAAUCUUUGAUUUCCUCACAGCAAGAGGUAUCCAACUACAGGAUUAA